AUGACGGGCCCGGAGACGGUGUCUGCCCACCUGCUCAGGCCCAGAACAAGGUGUAAAAACAUCCACACAAAAGCACAUCCUACAAUUAAGCGGCGCAGCCCAGGCGGCUCUCCGAAGUUCUUCCCGCGCUGCCCCUCCCCUCGGAGGCUCCUCUCGGCCGCGGCUCGGGGGUGGGAGUCCCGGCGCGGGCGGGGGCGGCGGGACGCGCGCUCAGCGGCCACUCUCCUGCCCUCUGCCCAGCAGGACCCGAUGAUAGCCGGACACGUCCGUAAGCCCUGGCCGGCGGCGCCCACCGACAUGAACGCGGAGCCGAGCGGGGAGGACGCGGCCGCGCCCCCCGAGGAGCCGAGCGAGCCCCUGGCCGCGCCCGCGGACCCCGAGGACGGCGAGGACGCCCCCCGCGCGCGCCCCGGGGCCAGAGGAAACCCGGCACUCUCAGACCCAGGGACUCCAGACCAACCCCAGGCCAACCAGACCCACCCCCCAUUUCCGGUGGGCCCACAGCCACUUCUAACAGCACAGCAGUUAGCCUCUGCUGUAGCCGGUGUGAUGCCGGGAGGUACCCCCGCCCUCAACCAGCCCAUCCUCAUCCCCUUCAACAUGGCUGGACAGCUCGGAGGGCAGCAAGGACUGGUCCUCACACUGCCGACAGCAAAUCUCACCAACAUCCAAGGGCUGGUAGCAGCAGCUGCAGCUGGAGGCAUAAUGACUCUGCCAUUGCAAAAUCUACAAGCUACCUCAUCCCUGAACUCGCCGCUGCACCAGUUCCAGCCCCUGCAGCCGCCGCCCGCCGCGCCCCCCGGCCAGCAGCCACCACCCGCCUCCCAGCCCGCCGCGGCCCCCAGCCAGCCCCUCCCGCCCACGCCGCACCCGCCGCCCCAGAACCAGAACCAGAACCAGAACCAGAACCAGAACCAGAACCAAGCAUCCCCGAGCCAGCAGCGCGCCAGCCCGCCUCAGAAGCCCACGCAGUCCCCGGGCCCGGGCCUCGCGCCCAGCCCCCUGCAGCUGGUUAAUAAUCCGCUAGCAAGUCAGGCUGCAGCGGCUGUAGCGGCAGCCAUGGGCUCCAUAGCCAGCUCACAGGCCUUUGGCAAUGCCCUCUCCAGCCUUCAGGGGGUCACGGGUCAACUAGUUACUAAUGCACAAGGACAGAUAAUUGGAACCAUUCCUCUGAUGCCCAGUCCAGGGCCCUCAAGUCAAGCUGCUGGUGGCACGCAAGGCCUUCAAGUGCAGCCCAUCACCCCCCAGCUCCUGACGAAUGCCCAGGGUCAGAUCAUUGCCACGGUCAUCGGGAACCAGAUCCUGCCUGUGAUCAACACCCAGGGCAUCACGCUCUCUCCCAUCAAGCCCGGCCAGCAGCUCCACCAACCCCCCCAGACGUCAGUGGGUCAAGCAGCCUCCCAAAGCAGCCUCCUGCACCUGGCUCACAGCCAAGCCUCCAUCUCUCAAAGCCCCGUCCGACAGGCUUCCUCUUCUUCCUCCUCAUCUUCCUCCUCUUCAGCUUUGAGUGUGGGCCAGUUAGUCAGCAAUCCUCAAACUGCGGCGGGUGAGGUGGAUGGGGUUAAUCUGGAGGAGAUCCGAGAAUUUGCCAAAGCUUUUAAAAUCCGGCGCCUGUCGCUUGGCCUGACCCAGACUCAGGUGGGACAGGCUCUCAGUGCCACGGAGGGCCCCGCGUACAGCCAGUCGGCCAUCUGCAGACACACCAUCCUGAGAAGCCACUUUUUCCUACCACAGGAAGCCCAAGAGAACACUAUAGCUAGCGGUCUGACAGCCAAACUGAACCCUGGCCUUUUGUAUCCUGCCAGGUUUGAAAAGCUGGACAUCACCCCUAAAAGUGCCCAGAAGAUCAAGCCGGUGCUUGAGCGGUGGAUGGCUGAGGCUGAGGCCCGCCACCGAGCAGGCAUGCAGAACCUGACCGAGUUUAUUGGGAGUGAGCCCUCCAAAAAGCGCAAGCGGCGCACCUCCUUCACGCCCCAGGCCCUGGAGAUGCUCAAUGCGCACUUUGAGAAGAACACGCACCCCUCGGGCCAGGAGAUGACCGAGAUUGCCGAGAAGCUCAGCUAUGACCGCGAGGUGGUCCGCGUCUGGUUCUGCAACAAGCGCCAGGCGCUGAAGAACACCAUCAAGCGCCUGAAGCAGCAGGAGCCCGCGCCCGCGCCCCUCGACCCCCUGGCCGACUCGCUGGAGGGCGCCCCGUAG